UUGCAGGUGGAGGUGUGGGAGAGGAGAAAUGGCGCAGGCGAUCCAUGAGGCCAUCGAGGCAGCAGCAGCUGCAGAUGAGUCUCUUUGGCAGGAUGAAGUUGAGGAAGAAUAUGAUGAUGAAGAGGUAAGAGCGCCGCCUUCUGAUCGGACGGAACCACGAGAUAGUGUGUUGCGUUUUGACUCUAUUGAAAGCUGGGACGCCAGUUUUGAAGAUGGGGAAGACGAUAUCACUCCUGAUGAUAAUGUGGUUGAUUAUGCUCCGUGUGGACCCAGCUACGGAUUGGAAACUUACACUGAGCGAAUACCGGUAGUAAAUCUGUUAGCUGAUGAAGAGGCUAGAACUGCAGACGUGGUCACCAUGACUAUGCUACAGGCGGGCAGCCAUGCCAGAAGCAUUGGGACGCAGAGCGCAAAUGUGGCGAUGGCUCUGGGGGAAACGAUGUUGCUCAGGGCAGAAGUUGAAGUGGCAGCGUUUUUGCUGCUGUCAGAAGACGGCAUGAUAGCUGGACCGGAAGAUAAAGUGCAAAUUGCAUCCAUCGCUCUGUCCGAUUGGUAUCCGCAUGAUUGGUUCGACUGGUUUCGUGUGCCAGUUCCGGCUUGCGCCGCGGCUAAUCACGGGGAGUUAUCUGCUCUCGCUUAUGCUUUGAUGAAGGACAGCUUCAGAUAUAUCAUGCCUGAUGGGCGGCCAAGCGUGCGUGACAGGUUUCGAUAUCCCGGUGGUGUGGACAGGUUGGUUUUUGUCUACAUGAAUGAUGGGCCUGAGCCUAUUCAGUAUGGUGGCGAAUUUCUGACAGCUGAUGGCAUUCGUGCGUUGAUACGGCGUCUACAUCGUAGGGGUUGGGGAUAUUAUUUGCUUGAGCGUUUUCAGGGAGGGAUGCGGUUGAAUUUCGCUUAUCUGCCUCCCGAGCCAAUUCCACGUGAUGCGGACAAUUGUACCGUGAUAGCUCGGGGCUUCAGAGAGGAGUUCAAAUGGUUUGGCGAGGGCGAAGCGUUGGUCGAUUAUGCUGCCAAUUUUGAUGAUUUGCCUGGAAAGGCAGCCUUGGCGGGCAGCGCACGUGGCAGAAGCGGUGUCGUCGCGGCGAAAUUGGCAGACCCGUAUUUCCGAAUAAGACUGGGUAGUGAAGGCUUUUCAUGUCCAACUGGACCAAAGCGCGUUGCCUGGCGAUGGGCCAAAGUGCUAAUGCGAUAUGUGAAGCGCAAUAGCACUGAAUUUGUCGAACCGCACCGCCCGGGUGGGUUCCUGGGUGCCGACGUGUUGGUGUCAGAUUUUCCUGCACCUACUCGUCUUCGCGUUGCAAGGUAUGAUGAGUAUGAUGAGUAUGAUGAGUAUGAUGAGGCUGCUGUUGUCGCGGAGCGUCGUAUGUAUGAGUAUGAUGGAUAUGGUGUGGGCGACCUGAUUGAAGUUGACGUGAGCAAUCGGGGAUUGUAUGCUGAAGUGAGUCUAACUACGACAAAAGGUCGUCUGGUUGUGCGAGUGGAGAGGGAUAGGCGGCCCAAGUGGGCAGGUCUCUUUGCUGGCGAGGGGAAUGGGGCGAUUCCAGCCCUUCAAGCACAGAGAGGUGUGCACCCAUUGUAUUAUGCGGCGGGACCGGAUUGGCUCAAGCGGGGCAUGAAGGCCGCUUUUCGCGGUGAGCAUUUUGAAUGGAACGUCUGCAUGGCCGACGUCGGGAUAAAUGCUAACAUGGCGGGUAAAAAAAUGAGCAGUAGAUGCUCAGCGUUGGAAUAUUGGCAUGGUACAUCGUGGAAGCAGGCCAGUGGUAUUUUGCCAGUCUUGCGCAAGGGCCAUUUCUUGACUGCACAAUUUGAGUGCUACGAGGUUGGAGUGCAUACCCGGUUCGAUAAUGGCGAACCAUAUAGAGGACUGGGUUAUUCUGGACGUUGGGCGGCUGACGCGAGCGCAGGUGUAAUUUUCACAUCGGUUGGUGAUGGAGAGGGGCGACGUGCCGCAGAUGCUUUCUUGGUUGAUUGGUACGGUCGUGGGUAUACUGCACAGGUGGGCAAGGAUUUGUCACCUGCAGGUGGUUGGAGCAUGUUCAAAGUUGGCACUCGUGCGCCAGGUACUACGGGUGCUGCUUAAUUUGGAACGGAUAUAUAUGCUCCGACGAAUGUUCCUUUUGGUAUCGAAUGGUCUGCGGAUGAUGAGAAUGAACCGUUGACGAUCUA